AUGCUGCUGUGGGAGGGUAAGAAGCCCAUUGUUCUGCUUCUGGGCGAGGUGAUUCUCGCCCAGGCGGAGUGGAAUGACUUGGGAGCGCUUGCGGAACUACGUCAAGUCAAUGAGGGUACCAGGGAUCGAUUCCUCAUCGAUUGUAAAGCGGGUGUCUAUGAUGGGGUAGUAGCAAUCUCCCGAACGUAUGAUUCAACUCAGAUGACUGGCCGCUUCGACCAAGAACUCAUCGACGUCCUCCCCUCCAGCCUAAGAUUCGUCUCCCACAAUGGCGCCGGCUACGACUCAAUUGACGCCUCCGCCUGCGCAACCCGUGGCAUUUCCGUCUCAAACACCCCCGGUGCCGUCGACGCAUCCACAGCUGACACGACCCUCUUCCUCAUAAUCGGUGCGCUUCGCAGAAUCCACAUACCCACCACCGCCCUACGAGCAGGCAAAUGGCGCGGAGGCAUGUGCUUGACGCACGAGCCCGAGGGGAAAACAUUGGGUAUACUGGGAAUGGGUGGCAUUGGGACAGCAGUCGCCCGGCGCGCGGUACCAUUUGGCAUGCGCAUUCAAUACCACAAUCGGUCCCGUGUGCCUGGAUCGCAGAAUCCCGUGGGAGCAAAAUACGUGAGCUUCGAAGAGUUGCUCAGAACAAGCGACAUCAUCAGCGUUCAUCUUCCCCUCAACGCCAGCACACGUGGGAUGAUCUCACGAGAUCAAUUUGCCACGAUGAAAGACGGCGUCGUUCUCAUCAACACUGCCCGAGGUCCCAUUGUCAACGAAGAUGCGCUCGUUGAGGCUUUGGAAAGUGGGAAAGUGUGGGGUGCGGGUUUGGACGUGCACGAGCAUGAGCCGAAGAUCCAUCCCGAGCUGAUUGAAAAUGAGAACUGCGUUCUCUUGCCGCAUGUGGGCACGGGGACAUUGGAGACGCAGCGGAAGAUGGAGGUGCUGGUUUGCGAGAAUAUCAAGAGCGCAUUGGAACAGGGACAUUUGAAGACACCUGUUAUGGAGACGAGGAAGAUGCCGACGGCGAAGGGUGUGCGCUACAAUGAUAAGAUGGGGCUACGCAAUGGGGUGGGCCGCCACGACGGGCAUUUACAGGGCGGGAUGUGA